UUCACCCAUUCUGAGUCAGGAACGCCACUCGGACUCGAGAAUUUCCUCGGACUUGAUGAGGCGGACGCGUCGGCGGUGACUUAAGUGUAGCGCGGAGUGAGUCUUGUGCGUUGGGGACGCUCGUGUGCUUCGGAACUUGUCUUAGUGAGCUUGCGUGAUGGUGCGGUGUUUACGUUUGUGAAUGUUGGGGUAAAGGGUAAUAGCAAACGAGUUUAGCCUGUCAACUUUUAAGAUUAAGUCAUUGCCACGGAGGAUCGAAAGUGUCUCCGCAUUGUUCGUUCGUAGUGAAUGUCCGAACACAAUGACAGUGGCUAUGUCUUCCUCUAAGACGGAAGUGCAGAGCAAAGAUUUUGCAACGCGGGUGAAGGAUGACGUAAUAGAUCACUUCCGGCCCAAGUCUGGGUCACCCGCGGAGUGCAGGGAUACGAACACAUCCGUCAGCAUUAACCCUGUGGUCGUUCCGAACAGCGACGACGAAACUCUGACUUUACGAGCCAAGGAGGAGCAGGAUGGCGAGGCACGCGUCAGAGGCGACCUGCAGCCCACCGACCUCAGCGUCAAACGAAACAACAACAACAACCACAUCGAACUACAACCUCAGGGCCAAAAGCUCAUCGGCAGCAUCAACAACAACCACAUCAGCAUCCCGCCGUCCUUGAGCAUCAAGAGCUCCUUCUCGAUCACAAACCUCCUGAGACCUCUGGCGAAGGACAGGCCCUUGGACGAACCCGAGGACCUGAGCCGAGCGAGGAGGCCGACGGAGGCGCUGCCGGAGGUGACCAUCACGCCUCAGCCGCGUCUCCUGCCGGAGGACAAGGCGGCGGCCAAGAGGAAGGCGGAGGAGAUCGAGGAGGACAUCGACGUCGAGGAAGAGGACGGGGAGGAGGAGGACUGCGACGGGGAGGAAGAGGAGGACUCAGGGAUCAGCGAGACGCACCACCAGGACGAGACGAGAGGUUGUUCCUCGCCCCGUUCUCCCGACACCUGCCUGAAGAGCAAGAAGCAGCGGAAGGCGCGGACGGCGUUCACGGACCACCAGCUGCAGACGCUGGAGAAGAGCUUCGAGCGGCAGAAGUACCUGAGCGUGCAGGACCGCAUGGAGCUGGCGGCCAAGCUCAGCCUCACCGACACGCAGGUCAAGACGUGGUACCAGAACAGAAGGACAAAAUGGAAGAGGCAGACGGCGGUUGGGCUGGAACUCCUAGCCGAGGGUGGCUACGGGCGGCUCAUGGGCGGGUACUGGCCCUACCCCACCCCCCCUGGACUGCCCUCGACCGCCCACCCCGCCCACCUCUCGGCCGUGGGCGCUUUGUCGUCCAUGGCUGCGCUAUCCUCAUCGAUGGACCUUUAUUACAGACACGCACAGCUGGCCGCCCUCAGCCGCACGGCAGCCGCGGUCUCGCCCGCAUCAGCCCCCUCACUCGACGGAACGCCCUCCCUCACCUCAGUGGGCGUGACCCCUGCCAACUCGCCGCCCACGCUAGUAACGCCCAGAGUGAUAUAUCCCCCCACGCCCUCGCCAGCGGCCCUCGCCCACUACUUCAAGCAAUGAUGGCGUGUCCUUCGGCUGGGCGGAAAGGCAGAUAAUCAGGAGCUUUUUAAGAGGGUCCAUGAGACACGUCGAUUACCAAUGCAUCUGUUGUAUACUUCUUGUUUUUUUUUUAUGUAUUUUUAUUAUUGUUAUUAUUAUCACUCUCUUUUUUUUCAUUCUCAUCACCUUCGCAUGUAUAGUAGAUCUGUAGGUGUUUCUUGUAAAUCAAGACGAACGUAAUAUGAAGGAAGCUUAACUGAUAAUCAUUUUACCAUUGAAUUCACGUAAUUCUCUAUACUAUUUAUUUAGCACGGCUCGCUACGCCUGUAGUCUGUAAAUUUAGUCUUACUUAUGCUACAGUUAGUUGUCCUGAUCAUCCUAAUUUCGAAAUGAAAAGAUUCUUCCCGCUAAAAUCAAUUCAAAAGACAAGUGAAAUAUUUGAUCAGUAUUCGAAUCGUCUUCAUGCUAAAGAAGCAUUAAGAUCGCCAAAAAUGUAAUUGCUUUAGUGUCAAUUUCAGCCUUUCUUUCUAUUUUGUUUCCUUUCUUUUCUUUUUUUUCAUUCCUUCUUGAUGAGAAACACUGUAAAGUUCAAAGACAUAGUAAUUUAAUUGUAUCUUAAUAAAAAAGAAACGAUAAAUAGUGCGCUUCACCAUUACAGAGCAUGCGUGAGAUUCCAGUGGCGUUGGCAUAUCAAAAUGUGAAUCCGCGGAUCACUGGAUCUACGUAGCCGAUAAAAACACACACAUAUGACUAUAAAUACGUAGUUUUCUUAGUAGUGAAGGCAUGCUGUUAUUGUAAUUUUUGUAUCCAUAUCAUCCCCGUGUAAUUAAACGUGUAUAUGUAUUUUUAAAACUACGUAUUUGUAAGAUAAGCUUAUAAUAAAAAUAAAUAUAUGUGAACA